AUGGAAGCUCAACUCAAAGCUUUCGAAUUCUUAAGUCCUUUUCAAGAUAACCAUAUAGAAAAUGUAAGAAAGUCUAAGAUUUUAGAAGGUGUGUUAGCAUUUGUGGAUGUAAAAUUGGAGAAAACGUCAGUUCUGCAUCAAAUGUUAAGUGAUUUAGGGGCCAGUGUCAAUUUACGAUUUUCAAAAAAUAUUACUCAUUUAAUAUUCUGGAAUGGUCGGCAAGAAACGUUAGACAAAGCGCAUCGUUUGGGAACAAAAAUUUUAUUAAUUUCGCCUCACUGGGUGUUUAAAUGUUUCAUGAAUCAAAUUCGAGUUGAUGAAGCUCCUUUUCUGUUGUAUGGUGUAAAGGAUCUUGCUGUUCCGAUGAGAUUAAUGGCUAUGGGACGAAUGGGAACAAUUAAUUUGGUAUUUGAUGAUCAGAGUAAACCUGUCAUUCGUAAUAAUUGUCAUGGCAGAGCUUUAAAUUCAUUUGGCAGUUCAGCAAACCACUCACAGAUAGUACAUGCGAUCGAAACGCUCUCUGACCAGCUUGCUUCCAAACUUACAUCUCCUAAUGAUAAUAUUGAUGUUGUGGAAGUAAUUUCUCCAAUUGUGGAUCGUGUACGAAAAAGACUGAAUGAACUGAAUUGUACAUGUAAUGUAGUUGGGGAAACUUCAUUAUUAAAACAUUCUGAGAAUAAUUUAUCCACUGAAGAGUGCAGCAUGGAUAUAGAUAAGCAACGACAGACUAAAGGUCAUUGUCGAGUCAGUAAGCAAAGAAGGCAUACGAUAUCGCAAGUAUCGAUGUUUCAUGGGAAAUCUGAGCUACAAUUUACAACUCCUGCAAGAGCAAACUCAACUUCGACUAAAUCAAUAAGUUUGGUGGAAAUUACACAAAGUGAACCAGUUAAAAGGCGCGGUCGACCAACAGCUAAUUCUGAACAGUUAGCAGAGUACACACCAACUCGUUUUCACAGAUAUUUGCAAAGACGAUAUCGUUCCGUAAAAGCAAAACAUGCUGCGCAAUUAAAUACGGAGAAAAUGGUAUCCAUGUAUAGAAAAAUGAUGGACCGGAAUUUUUCUGAAAUCGUUUCCGGUGACGGAAAGCUUUUGGCAAAAGAGGUUUUGAAAGUGCGGCCGGUAGUGGUACGGACUCGUUCGUCAGUCUUGAAUGAAUUGCAAAAUAUUCCCAGCUCGAAUGAAUUUGUGAAAAAGAAGAAAAUUGCAAAGAAAAGAGUUAAAACUGGUAAUAUUAUACUUUCAGGGAUUAGUAAGAUUGAGAGGGAAACAGUUUUUGCAAUUACUAAAAAAUUGGGUGUGCUAAAAAUUGCAAGCACUUUUGACGAACGUACUCGUUAUGUAGUGAGUGAUCACGAAGGUAUGCGCACAGUUAAUGUUAUGCGAGCAUUAGUCAAGGGAAUACCAAUUGUUACAAUUGAAUGGGCAUACCGUUCGUUGGAAAUUGGUGGUUGGUUAAAAGGAAAUGAUUUUUUUGUUCCAAGAUGGAAAAGUGCUCACAAAGCUUGGCUUAAUGGUUGCAUGUCUCGUUUGUUCUCUACAUUAGGACUGUUUUAUGUUUCUUCCAAAUGCGAGCCUGAAGCGAGGCAUCUUUUGCAUCUUAUCAAAUGUUGUCAUGGAAAAACAACGGAGUCGUUGAAUCGAGCUGUUAUAUUUGUCGCGCCUCAGUUUGAGUGGAGAGCAUUGAAGCAACUCAGGAAGGACAUUGAUACGCGGGCAACAUACAUUACAGAAAAAUCAUUAUUGGAUUCAAUAUGCGAGUGUAACAUCAGUUUUUUGCUAUAA